AUGACCAAUGAAGUGGAAUUCAGUAGUUUAACCAAAGAUGAUGCGAAGAUUACGUUUGAAGAUCCAUCGCACAUUUCGAAACCGAGCGAUGAAGAAAUAGCACAGCAUAGGAAAACACGCUUGACCCUCGUGGUGGUUUUCGCUGCGAUUGUAAUUGUGAUGGUGGUAGCAGCCGUCAUCAUCAUUAUUGUAGCACCCAAAUGCGACAAGAAAGAAGAAGUACCAGAGAAGAAGAAAAGCAGUGAGACCCUCAAAGACAGAUGAAUGGUUGAAACAUGGGAUCAUUUACCAAGUGUAUCCUCGUUCUUUCAAAGACUCGAGUGGAGAUGGAAAUGGCGAUCUGAAAGGUAUCUUGAACAAGAUGGAUUACUUCACUGAAUUGGGAGUACAGGCUGUGUGGCUUAACCCGAUUUACGAUAUGGAAAAUUAUACGGCCAUCGAUUCCAUGUUCGGAACCAUGGAAGACUUCGACAAAUUCAUCAAAGAGGCUCACGAGAAAGGCAUCAAGGUAAUCAUGGGGUUCGUUCCGAAUCACUCUUCUAAUAAACACCCAUGGUUCUUGGAGAGCAAAAAGGAUGGCAAUAACUCUUAUAGAGACUACUACAUUUGGAAAGGUGGUCCGGCAAAGAAUGAAACUCCAAACAACUGGAUAAGCGUGUUCGGGGGAAGCGCUUGGACCUUCGACAUCACCACCAAGCAGUUUUACCUUCAUCAGUUCAGCAAAGAGCAACCCGAUUUGAAUUUAAGAAAUGAAAAGGUGAAAAAAGAACUCCAGGAUGUCUUGAAGUUUUGGCUUGCAAAAGGAGUCGAUGGCUUUAAUUUUGAUGCUGUGCAAUUCCUGAUUGAAAACGAGAAUUUCGGUGACGAGACCCCAAAUAGCAACUACAAUGCGUCAGAUCUGAAAUACGACAUGCUGAAACACACACUUACGUUUGGUAAGAAGCUCACUUUGCUUAGAAAUUUAAUUCAUUUUGUUAGUAAAAUUUCAUUAGAGAAUUUUUCAAGCAAUCGAUCGCUGCAGUAAUCUUGUAUAUAAAUUUUACUUUGACUGCAGCUGGUUGUCUUAGGUUAUCACAGCGGAAUUACAAAUUGUGCUCUUGACUGUACUCGUCAAAGCAUGUGGUGUUUCUGUACGCGUUCUGGUGAUUUCGUUUUGUGCGAGCUAAUGAAGGACAACUCAUUGUUGGGCCUUUCUUGUCGCAGCACGUGAAUUUUUUGUUUACAUUCCGAUGACUUGACCUGCGAGCACGACAUAUUGUCACUUAAGGAUGUCACACAAUUUAUCAACAAGCCGUUUACUUCGCGUCUCCUUGUUUCAAUCGAAGGAAACUUGAAUUUGUGAAGGGAAUUUUGCUUUCAAGGUUGAUUUUCACUUCAGAAAUUUUUUUCUCAGGUUUUUUGCAAUCAAUUAAUAAUUUAAGCCAAUUUAAGUGAAAUGCGAGUUUUUUAUAAAUUGUGGUGACCACUGUAAGUGGCAUUUAUCUUUCAAGAAAAAUAAAAUCUUAAUUUUAUUUAACCUUUUGACUCCCAAGAAUAUGAUUCUCGUGAUUCUCUUAGUCUGAGUUUUUAUGUUCUCCAUGUGUUUAAAGAAUGAUGAUCUUUUAUUAACUGAUAGAAUUAAAUGUUAAUCUUUGCAUUCAGAUCUUGAUGCUAGCCGAGCCCUGGUGAAGGAAUUCCAAGAUUUCCUUAACAAGCAGAAUGGAAGCCUCCCUAUUUUGUUCACAGAGGUGGACGGACCUUAUGACAAGACUUCCAAGUACUAUGAGGUGUCAGACAUUCCAUUCAACUUUGGCCUGAUCACCAAACUCAAUGAACAGGGAAUGACACUAGCUCAGAGAAUCAACAAAACUGUCAUGGAAUACUUGGCCAGCAUUCCAAAGGGCAAGAUACCCAACUGGGUCACUGGCCAUGACGACCAUGAACGUGUUGGCAACAGGGUGGGUAAGAAAAAAAGACAUGCAAUGAAUGUCCUUGCACUCACUCUGCCUGGUAUGGUUAGUACUUACUAUGGGGAAGAGAUUGGCAUGUUAAAUGGUAAAACUACAAAUCCAGAUGACCCUAUGGAAAGUGCAAGAACCCCCAUGCAGUGGAAUGCAGAAGCAAAUGCUGGUGAGUGAAUUAGUUUCUUGUAGGUAGUCUUGAUAUAAAACCCAACAUUCUCUUGACUUAAAUGUAUGAGAUCCUCUUACAUCUGGUAUGAGGCAGAGUUACCAAUAAGAUCCUGGGAGGUUAAAGGAUGAUUUAUUGUGUUCCUGAAAUACCUGAUCAACCCUUUAUCCUCUAACAUCAGUAUCCAUAUUCUCCAUACUGUUCUCCUUACAUUUCCUAAGAUGCUGAUGAGGAGAAUUUGUUUACCAAUCAAGAGCUUCUUUGCUUGGUGAUCAUUUCCUUUUUUCUCAUGACCUUGAUGUGUGAUUCAGGGGUGACAGUGUAAUGAGAAAUUAGAUGUUAGUCACUCUAAGGGGUCAAAGGGUUAAGAAUACAACAGACUUUCAAUGGUGUCCUUGGUGAAAAAUAUUGUUAAAAUGCUUUUUGUAGGGUAACCACCAUCAUCAGUUUGCAUAUCACAAUUUUACCAAUACACAUGACAUGGAAGGCCAUCAUGGGAGAUGAAAUUCAGCCCUAGAAUGUCUAUUGUAUCCAUAGGUCACCAUAUUAUUGUUAAUAUUUUUCUUCAUUGUGAUUACAGGCUUCUCUACAGGCAAAGCCUGGCUGGAAGUUGGCUCGGAUUAUAAGUCCAUCAAUGUGGCCACUGAAAAAACUGACAAAGAUUCAAUCUACAGCAAGUACAAGGAGCUUGUUGGGCUAAGAAGGAAUGCAAGUGCCCUAGUCGAGGGUGUAUUGAAAGAGGUGCACACUGAUCUGCAAGUGUUCUCUUUUAUUCGCAGUCACGAAAACCAGCACUUCCUCAUCAUCAUCAACUUUGGUGACGACAGUUGGAAUGGUGAUCUUGACAAGAUCUCAGGCAGGGGGACGGUGGUAUUUGAUACAGAAUCCAAUAUGGUUGGCCAAGAAGUGGACGUCAAUAAGAUAAAACUUAAUAGAGGUCAAGCCAUCAUUUUGAAAAAUGGCAAAAAUGAGUGGCACUUGCAAUAGGAAGCUUUAAAUUGAUCUCACAGGUUUUCUUUUUCCUCACUCCUCAGUCUACAGAUAAAUUUUAAUUGCCAAGCAGCAACAGUAAUUGAAGUGGGAGAAACAAAGUUUCCAUUAAGUGGUUGACUAAGGAAAGGGUAGAAAGAAAGCUUAUGGGAUACUAGCCAACUUAAUUUAUUUCAAUUUUUAGACAAAAUCAUACGCUUUAUCUAAUGAAAUACUGAUAGUUUCAGUAUUGAAGAUUACAGAAAAAGCAUUGGUUUGUUUCAAGGGAAAUGCGUUUUGUUAGCUCAGCUGUAAUUCAUGCCAUUCAAGGACUUGACAUUUCCCUCUUUUUAAUUGAACCUAGAGGUAUACUUUAUUCUGACAUCCUUUGUGGGUGUGUAAAUUACACUGAUACUUUAAUACACAUUCAAUUGUUCAUUCAAAACGUUAAUUAGGGUAACUUAUCAUCAGUCUCAUCUUUCCCAUACAUUACAAUACAUGUACUUCUACCUCUUGGUUAAGUCUAUUUAAUUGUUCUUAAUUUUUUUAGAAAUCACUCAAUCCAAGUUCUUCCACAAGACAAAGAUUUCUUCAAUCAUUUGUUUUAUUUUGAUGAAAAAAAAAAACACAGAUUAUUUUAAUGCGUACUAGAGUCUUAACCCUUUAACUCCCAAGAGUGACCAAAAAAAGACUUUCUCCUCACAUUAUCAAUACCAUAUUAAGCAGGCAGGUGACAAGAAUUUCAGAAAAUAAAAUUGAGGGAUUAUUGGUUGAUCCAAUACCAAAUUCUCUGAACUAAUAUCAUAAGAAUUGUACAACAAACAAUAAGGAGAGAAUUAAUAAUGAGAUCAGAGAGUGAAAGGGUUAAAAGUUGUAAGAAAUAUAUUAUCAAUAGGCUCAAAUGUGAAGUGUAUACUAAUAUGGCUUAAAGAUUUUCAGCAAGGUAUGGUAGUAUGAGUUUGUUUAGUGGGAAGUGUAAGAUUCAGACUAGCAGAGAGACUCUAAGAGAAAGAUGGUCUUCAAAAUUGGACACUAUAAACCAUUCUAUGUAAUAAGGUCAUCACAAAGUUAAAGCAUUGCCUGUAAGUUAUUAUUAGUGCAGUAAUUUUCAUAGCCCAGUGGCAGUAACUUAGAGUUGUUACAUUUUCCAUUUUGCAAUUUGAGAUAUUUUUGAAGAAGUAUAUGUUGAAUAUUCCUAGGCAAGUUUCGGGUAGAAUUCACAAAUUACAGUUUUUCUUCUUUCAAUUUUUUUUUUGUAGUUAUAUACCAAUUCCAGUUCAAAAUGUUUAUUUGCCAAGCAAUAUUUUCGUUAUCAAACAAUACCUGGCUGAAGCAUUUUCUUGUGCAAGGAUGAACCAAUAACUCUUUAACCCCUGAGGGUGACAAGCCUUAAAUUUCUCUAUACUAUAUCACCCCUGAAUUAUACAUUAAGGGCUCAAGAAUUAAGGAAACGAUUUACAACUCGGAAAGCUUUUGAUUAUUGAACAAUUUCUCCUUUUUAGCUCCAAAGGAAAUUAAAGAGAAAAGUAUGGAGAAUAUGCAUGUUGAUGUUAGGCAUUUAAGGGUUAAAUGUAUGAAACUUGAGAUUCUUAUAGGUUUGGUUCUCUUUAAGGGUGAAAUCCUACAAGAAUGUUUGUCAGUAUUUAAAAUGUACUUCAUUCAAAUUAGUUUUAAUUAUAACUUCAACUUCUGUCUGUUAUAACCAUUAUCAGUCUUCCAGGGAUCGUUCACUAUUUGUGUGUCACUUACCAGUAAUAUUUAGAUGGUACCUCAAGACGUUAAAUUUAAUUCAACCUUGUGGCAAUAUUUAAUAGUAAGGAAUCAUUCCUAAUUGGUGUAGGUUUUGAUUGUUCCUUCAGAGAACCUUGAAUAUUGCAAUUCUGUUAGUUUAGUUUUUAUAUAAUCCUAUACUAUUGAUAAUGCAAUUACUGAAAGACUAUUUGUUAGUAAGCAAGUUGAUUAUCAGGUUGUUAAGUGUAGCUGAUGGAGAUUAAUCCUUUGUAAUGUUGAGGGUGACCAUAAAUGAAAAAAAAGUGUGAAAUUAUGUCUUGUCCAUGAUUUCAAAUCUACAUAGUUAGCCUCGUUCAUGAUUCACAUCAGAAUUGUUGGACUUUUUUCUAAUGUUAACACAGAAGGGUCAGUUCUUUUCACCUCCUUUUAGUGCAACUCGUAUAAUAAUGUUUCCAUGGCAAUCUGGCCACACCUGCACAACCAUCCUCAGAACUGGCAGCCAAUGCAUUCUUUUGGGAAGCACGGCAUGACAUCUUGAAGAACACAAAGCCUAGCCAUUCAUUAUCUUGCAAUUUUAUAUCAUACACCUUGUUCAUGCUAGGCUGAACAUUCUAAUUUCAACAAAGUGAAGUGAGUUUUCCUGCUGACCUUCCUCAAGUUGUUGCUUAAAAUAAUUUUGCCUGUAGUAGCUUUGUUUUUUAACUUUAGUACAGUCCUGCUCUUGUGUAUAUCAAAAAUCUCCUCAACAGGACUGGUGCACCAAUUGCAAGUCUCUAACCAUACAAUAACACAUACAUGCCUGCAAGUAUAUGCCUCAACCUCUUUUCUGGAGCAUUAAAUCCUUCAAAACAUUAAUCACCUUUCGUCUAUCAGUGGUUCAACAAAGUAAUAGUUCCAGAUGGGCUGCAUUAUUUUGCUAAAAAGUCAUUUACCAACUUAAAACAGUAACGGUGAUAAAACUGUCUGUUACCAAAAAAAGUUUCUCUGUUCUUUCAGGAU